UACUGGUUUGGAGACUGUCUUGGUUGUCUUAUUUACUCUGCCUUGAGUGCUGAUUUGAAGAUUAUUUUUGGUAUCAAGAGUCUGAAUCCCAAGCCUGCCUUGGAUUCUGAUUCAGAUGCUAGCUUGGGUCACGUCAUAGAUUCCAAUUUGGUAGCCGGCCUGGGUAAAGAGAGGCUCAUAUUAUAG